AUGGCGGCGGUUCUCUCCGAAGAAUCGCACUUGAAAGAUACUGACGAAAUACAAGAGAAUGGAGAUGACGAAGUUGAAGACAUACAAGAAGCUGGCGGAGAUUCUGUGAGCAAAAAGAGAAAGAAGAAGAAGAAAAAGAAGAAGGGUCAGUUGUGUUAAUUACACACGCAGAGAAUCGUUGAUAAUGUGAUUACAAAACUGAUACAAUAAUAUCAACUGAAAACAAAAUGACAUGCGUGUGCCACUCUUAUGCCCUGUUCAAACGGUCGUGAUAGUUAAUGAUAGUCAAUGAUAGUUGCAACUUUCAUUCCCUAUCGUUGACUAUCAUGGUUUAGUUCAAACGGCACAAUAAUUGAUGAUGGUUGACGAAGUCACGCGAUGAGAUCGCGUAUUAGUAAACAAAUAUGGCGCGCGCUGAGGUCGGCAAUUUCGGUGGCAUUUGAAAUUUUAGUCAAGAAGUUGCGAUUUGAAGAUAAUGAAGCUAAGCAGAAGACGAUGAGAAUGAAAUACGAGAUAAUCUGUGAAAUUUUGAUGGCUAUUUAAGUCAUUUUCAAUUUCGGUUUGAGCCCGUUAUUGGCAAACGAUAAUUUUUGCAGGCUCAGCAUUGGGCCUGCAUGGACAUAGGAGUGGUUGGGAGAGGGAGUAAGAGUGCCUGUUGUUGUUUGUUGUUGCGUUGGCACCUGGAAUAAAAAAGGGCCAGAUGGGCCAUGUUGAAGACGUGAAAAAGCUGUAGCACGCUUCCUUAUUGAGUCACGCUUUAUUCACUUGAUUUAACGAUUUUACCACAACACUUUGGUUAACUCCCACUCACAAUUUUCGGCUUAUUAAAAAAAACUACACACUGAACACCCUGGUGUAAGCUUGUGGAACAGUACUAUACAUGGGGUGUGAUGUGAUAAAACACAUGCUGCAAACAUGUUUGUUUGGCCAUGUAAAGAUGAACAAAAUCACUUCAAAUUAUCAAUCUAAUUAAGAAUAAGUGACGUAUUGUACAGUUUCCAACAGCUUCUUGACAUUCCUAGUGGUGUCAUGUUAUAGAAACCAGGAGAAGCUCCAGGUAGAUUUACUAGUAAGUUUAUUAGCUGACUGUACUUUUAUACAACAGGAGGUGGUGAACAAAAUGGUACAGAACAUACUAAUGGUGAAGCACUGAAUGGAGGGGAAGCAAAAGACUCCUCAGCACCUGCUGCUGAACCAGAAGCAAAUGGAGAGCAGGAUAAUGCAGGUAACUUAUCACAUUGUACUCCAUCUCUCUUGGCCUGAGUGUAAUUCUUGUGCUUGUGCUCAAAGUCUUUAAUAACCCUUCAACUCCCAUGAGUGACCAAAACAGAAUUUCUCCUUACAAUAUCAAUACAAUAUCAACCAGAUAAGUAAUGAGAAUAAAGAAAAAAGGGUUAAUUAUUACCCUAAUUUGAGCCUACGGACCAACUUUUAACAUCUGACAGAUGAACUUUUACUAACACGGCAUCAACUGACGCAUUUUUGAGCCAAAGAAAAAAAAAAAAAGCAAUAAAUUGCCUCCCCCCCCAAAAUACAACUAGUUGAUUAUGUUUCUUGUAUACACAGAUGGUGAAGAAUUACAAGAUGGAGAGACCAGUAACACAACUUCUACAAAGAAGAAGAAAAAGAAGAAGAAGAAGUCAGCAGGAGCAAAAACAACAGAAGGGGAAGGCCAAAGUAAUAAAAAAAAAACUAUUUAUCCCUAACCAGUUAUAGUAAACUACUGAGAUUUAAGGGAAGAAAACUGACUCCUAAACUCCCAAAAUCUAACUGUUAAUUCUCCCCUUAGGCUGCUACAAAUUUUUUCAUUAAUUAGUUAUGAGAAUUUGGUGUUACAUCAAGAUGACUUCUACCUGAUAAGUUAAGUUUUCUCACUACUUGUUUGGUGGAUGCUGUAUGGAGAUUAUAGAGAGAAAUUAAGUAUUAAACACUUCUGGGAGGUAAAGGGUUACUGAAUUCCAUGGAACUUUGAUCUGAUAAAAGUUAAACUGACUCACAGGAAAGUUAAUCUGAGUUCUGAAACUUUACCAAUAAGUUUAUAUGACAAUUGUCAAAAGAUUAAUUGGGAUUAUUUCUGUCUUAUUUUUGUUGUAAUUGAUUGGAUUCUAGAGACAACUAUCCUGAUUCAAGCCCAGGAGUGGUCAGGGUGUUGUGUUCUUUAGGAAAACACUUAACUUUCAUAAAGCCUCUGUCCACCUGGGAGUUUUAUUGGGUUGAAGCAAAACGUCAGAGAACCCUGAAAAAAUGUGGGAUGGAGUGAGUGUGGCAGCACAGGGAGCAAUAAGCUGAUCAGAAAGAUGAUCAUGUAACCUUUCAAAGUAGUUAGUAAUGAUUAUAAUUUUGAAUCUUUUCAAAUAUCAGAUGGUAUAACUUCCUCCUCUGCCAAGGAACAGACUGAUCCUCCUACUGUGGCCAUAUCAGAACUUUUCCCAAAUGGCAACUUUCCUGUAGGACAAAUAAUGCAUUAUAAGGAUGAGUAAGUAUAGUGAAUUAUUUAUUGUUAUUCUAACUCGAUGAAAUAAAUUUUUCUGUGAUCAUCAAUAAGAAGGGUGUCUGAACAAUGGCCAGUAGUGUUUGAGUUGUAAAUUUAACCCUUUCACUCCCACAAGUGACCAAGACAGAAUUUCUCCUUACAAUAUCAAUACAAUAUCAAGCAGGCAGGUGAUGAGAAUAGAGAAGAAUAUCAAUCAUGGGAUUAUUAGUUGAUCCAAUACUAAAUUCUCUGAACUAACAUCAUAAGAAUUGUAUGGCAGAUAGUAAGGAGAAUUACUAAUUAGAUCUUGAGAGUGAAAGGGUUAAAUAGGAAAGGGUUAUAAACUUGUUUUAAAAUACAGCUCUUGUUUUAGCUCCAGUCUUUUGGGAUUUAACCCUUUCACUGCCAAUAUCUCAAUAUCAUUUUUGUUCACUCUCAGUUACAAUUUUCCUGUUAAUUCCAGCUCUGAGACUUUGAUCUAAAUUCAAGCAACAUCCUCUAGUUGUUGUUUUUUUCUGCUCUUGCACCUUUCUGCUUGACAAUGCUUUGAUGCGGCAAAGAAAGAUUACCUAUUGGUCAAUGACUCUUGGGAGCCAAAGGGUUACACCCUGAUAACUUUUGAUCAUAGGAUGUCUGUGGAAUCUUCAUCCAAGGGAUUGAAGAUUUACUGCUUCCAUUUCCAAUAUCAUACCACUCAAAAUAAUAAUAAUAAAACAGUUUAUUCAAAUGUCACCACACUUAAGCUACACACUGUAUAUGCUAAUUGGAUGUACUUUCCCUUUGUUCUCCCAAAGUACAAAACUGAAAGAAAAGGAAGCAAGUGAAAUUUUUUUGUUACAUUUUCAAAUUUUUUUGCCCACUAGCAAUCUGUGGCGUGAAACAAAUGAAGAAAAGAGAGCCCUAGAUCGAGCACAAAAUGACACGUACAGCGAUGUGCGACAAGCUGCAGAAGCUCACAGACAGGUAAUGAGACCAGACAGUCAUUGUAGAGCUUGAGUGUACAAGACUUCUGGUAAAGUAAACUACACAUGGCAUUAUGACAAUAAUACAUCAUUAUUAUGAUAAGAUGAAUGCAUCUUUUUUUUUUUACAACUGACUGUAACUUAUAAUCGCAUACCAUUUUACUGUAUAGUCCAGAUAUCCAGAUAUAUUAGGAUGUUUGUAUUUAGCAUCACUGAUCAGUGAAAUCUCCAGCUUCCAUGCAGAAUCCUGCUACUAGAUUUUGAUAGUGAUGGAAACACUGAUAAACCUGCCUAAAUAAUUCCAAACAUACAAUUUCAACUAGAUGUAACUUAAUUUAUAUAAAAACUUCAACUAGAAGUAGGGAAACCAGCAUGCUUUUUACAGGCAUGAUCUAGGAUCUAAACUGAGGUGGCCAGGGUGAGACUUGAUCCUGGUACUGUACUUCCUGAUUGUGUGUGUAACACUCCCAGUACCUGAUUGUGUUAUGCUGUACCUCCUCCUCUUAGUUCCUUGUGCCUCUAUUUUUUUUUUCUUUUUUCCUCAGGUCAGAAAGUAUGUGCAAGGCUUUAUCAAGCCAGGAAUGACCAUGAUUGAGAUUUGGUAAGGACAAAAGUUAGAAAAUAAAAUAAGGAACUGUGGUAGGGAAGGCAUGUACACCAUUCUGGAUCAUGUGAUCUUAAUUUGUUAUUACCUUACAGACUUCAUUGAAUAGGAGAGACUGCUGUAGUCUAGGGAGGAUUUCCCAUCAGAUCUUCAGAGUUUAAGCCUUUGACCUCUAAGAGUGACCAGUGCCUAAUUUCUCCAAGUACAAUAUCACACCUAAAUCACACAGUAAGGUCACAAAAAUAAAGGAAAUGGUCACUAACAAAAGAAGUUGUUGAUUGCUAAACAAAUUCUCCUUGCCAGAACCUUAAGAAAUGUAUAGAGAACAGUAUGGAGAAUAUAGAUACUGAUGUUAGGGUGUAAAGGGCUGAGGGUUAAAGAUUUUGCAAUAGCCAUGCCUAGAAAAGCAUUGAUUAGAAAGUGAACAGUCAUGUCUCUUAAGAAUUUUGCAAGUAGCUUUAUAUGCUCAGUAAUAUAUUUUAUGGUGCUAGAUCUUCCCUUGAUUAUAACAUAUUAAUUGUUGUACUUUUUUCGGCUGGGCAGGGAAUAGAGGAAACGUUGUACUUUCCUGUUUUUGCUCUAUUUUAACUACUUGUGGUUUAUUUUCCCUUUUUUCGUAGUGAAAAAUUGGAGGGAGCUUCUAGAAAACUCAUAAAUGAAAACAAACUCAAAGCAGGUGAGUGAUUUUACUUAUUAACUGGUAAAUGUUUUAUUUUCAAUCAUUUGGUACAUGAUUUGAAAUGGUAAAACUUAUUUACUGCCUGUGUUUUGUGGAGUUACAAACAGUCAUUACCAGGGCCAGCCAAAGGCUGGAACCGGUUAUAAAAUGCUGUCUGUUCCUUUCGUUUUUUCAAUGUCUCGUUUCCAGGGCCCCACUUUCUGCUGUGACAAAAUCAUUGUCAUAGUAUGACUUUGGUAUUACAAUUUUUUUCUCAAAAGAAUAUUUGUGAUAAAAUAGACUUUCAUAUCGCGCGACAAACUUGGUGAUGUAAACAACCCUUAUGCAUGCUAGUCUAAACGUGGGUUACCAAGGCAAAAGUGGCCCUGGUAAAAUUCACAAAGUGAUUCUCGUUAAUCCUUAACACCCUCAGACUGGUAUUCAUUCAAAAGUCAUAGAUUCACCCCACUGUUCUCUUUACAUUCGCUGUGGUACUGACAAGGGGAAUAUGUUUGACAAUCUGGAGCAUCUUAAAUGGCUGAUCGUUUUCUUUAUUCUCAUGGCCUUUACUUUUGAUGUAAGGGUGAUGGUGUAAGGAGAACUUAGAAACCAGGAAGUAGGUGAUGCUGCAUCAAAAAAGUCACAGGGCCAUAUUCAGUCUGUUUCUCUUAAGUUUUUUUUAUGAGGGCCCCAUUGAACAAUCCCCGCUAAAAACUGCUGUGGUGGCGAGUUGGGCUCCCUCGUUAAAUAUUAUCAUCAUUAUCAUCAUCAUUAUUAUUAUUCUUAAUAUUAUUAUUAUUAAGUUUAACUGCAUCACUGAACAGACAUCUCAAAUUAGAAGAGUGUGUCUUAUAAUUAAGAUCUUUUUUGUUUCUCUAGGUUUGGCUUUUCCCACUGGAUGUUCCCUGAAUCACUGUGCAGCUCAUUACACUCCUAACGCUGGUGACAAGACAGUUCUACAGUAUGAUGAUGUCUGCAAAAUUGAUUUUGGAACUCAUGUGAAUGGUAAGGUUAGGGUUGCGUGGGGGCUGGGGAAUCUGGGUGCCUCUCUCCUUCUCCCAUCGGAAGUUAGGGGUUUUUUACUUCUUGCCGGACACCAAAAUUAUUUUAAUGACAGGAUGGCAUGUUAGUACAUAUUAUGGAGAAUUAAAAACUUACUUGUCUUGGAAUAUUUGGCUUGUUACAUGGCUCUUCUGUAUAACAAGUUCUCUAUUCUGGAUCAAAAGUUUUUUUGAGGGCCCAACCCCCUUUCCUCCUUCUCUCCUUCUCUCCUUCCCUCCUCCCCUCCCCCCCUUCUACCUGAUAAAAAAUUUUUGGAUCAAAAUUUCUUCAUUUUUUCUUAUUUCAUUUUAUUAGAUUGUUUUGAAUGAUUAGUUUUUUUAUUCCCUCUUUUCAGGGAGAAUCGUAGAUUCUGCCUUCACUGUAUCAUUUAACCCCAAAUAUGACAACCUGCUUGCUGCAGUUAAAGAUGCCACAAAUACUGGAAUAAAGGUGCAGUGUUAAAUUCAUUGUGUUCUUAAUAGUUGUUUGUGUGUUUUUGUUUUGUUUUAUUCUUGAUGUGAAUUCUCUACUAACUUCAGAAUUUUGAAUAUGCUUAUAGUCUAUACAAGGUAUCUCUCCAGAUAAUAACCAAAAGGGUGACUUUAAAGGAGACUAGUGUGUCUUGAGAAGAAAGAGAGACAAUUCUAAUAAUUAAAACUGAAAUUGUCUUUAUUUAUGUACAGGAAGCUGGAAUUGAUGUGAGGCUUUGUGAUGUUGGUGAAGCCAUACAAGAAGUGAUGGAAUCUUACGAAGUUGAACUGAAUGGAAAAACUUACCGAGGUGUGACUAUUGUAUUUUCAAAAAAAAAAAGUAUCGUAUCCAAAAGAUAAUUCUAGAGCCCUUUGCUAAUUAUAAAUUGAUAUGUUUUACUCAACAGUGAGACCAAUAAGGAAUCUGAAUGGUCAUUCCAUAACACCGUACAGGAUCCAUGCUGGAAAAACAGUGCCAAUAGUUAAAGGAGGAGAGGCUACAAAAAUGGAGGUGAAUUUGUGUUCAUCGCAUGAUGUUGAAAUGUUCUUUACCUUUUUGUGAUUGUAUUUUAAACUGGAAUGUUUUAUCUCUCUGCCCACGUGUUAUGUUUUUUGGCAUUCAUGAGAAACUAUUGCAUUGUUGACCAUUUGGCACCAUUUUGUGUCCCGAUCACAUCACUGACAUGCAGGCUCUUUCACUUUAGGAGAAUGAAUUCUUUGCUAUUGAAACAUUUGGCAGCACAGGGAAGGGUGUGGUUCAUGAUGACAUGGAUUGUUCACAUUACAUGAAGAACUUUGAGGUUGGACAUGUUCCUUUGAGGUAAGACUUGAAGCAACAAGGCCGUGGAAUGAAAAUAAAAUAAUUUGCUCCCAGAGACAUCAUAGAGCACAACCUGAACUUGAUUUAUUGGCAUGUGAUGCUGGCAUCUUAUUAAGGCAAGUUUACAUUACAAGCUCCCAAUGGUUUAUCCUACCAGCCAUGGUUGAUUUUGAGUUGAAGUGAACAGUGGGAGGGUGGGGUGGGGCAGACAAGAUUUUUAUUACCCAAUUCCCUCCCCCCUCCAUCCUCUUUACUGGGCUCUCAGCCCUUCAGUACUAAUUAAUUUCUCUCUCCAGCUUUCCACUGCUAUUAAAAAAAAAUUGGCAGCUAUAAUUAUCACCAAGAAAAUACUGAGCACUCUCUCACCAAAAUCACACCUGCUCUGCAGGCUGUUGACCUAUAUCUCUUUUUCACAACUUUACAUUCCUUAGGUUGCCCAGAGCUAAACAACUUCUGAAUGUCAUCAACGAAAACUUUGGCACCCUGGCCUUCUGUAGGAGGUGGUUGGAUCGGCUGGGACAGGUACUUUCAAUGAUAGAAUAGCAUCUCUCUCUUGGCAGGACAAUGAUUGCAUGUGUCAGAUUUUAUAAAAAUUUAGAAUGAUCAUAUUAUGAAAUUUUGCUAAUUGUUUCUGUUGCUUUGAGUGGUAUCCUCUAUAAAAUGACAGCCUCUGCUACCAAAAACUAUCAGGAAAAAGGCACACAGAAAUGUGUCUCUCUCAUUGGUUGAGUUCACUGCACCCUUUUGCUGAUUGGUCUGAACUCUUUGCACAUGACUUUGAACUUGGCAGAUAAACAACCAAUCAGGGACUGUUUCACUAAAGUCUUAAAUCUUACUAUUUUACUGCCCAAAAGGACUGACUAAACAACAGGAUCAAACAAGAAAGCCUUCCUUAUACUCUUGCCUUCUUGUUUUAAGUCUUUCAUUGGAUCUUUUUGUUGUAGCUUUUCAUUGCACUGCAAUCCACUUGUGGCAGAAUGAGGACAAUUUGCAUAAUCCCCUAAAACUAAAACCUGCUUACAGCUAGUACAUGCCUGCCAAAUUACUGUGCUCUAAGAAUAUUUUCUACCUUGCAGACAAAGUAUCUUAUGGCUCUGAAGAGCCUGUGCAAUGCAGGAGUGGUUGAUCCCUGCCCACCCCAGUGUGACAUCAAGGGUUGUUACACCGCUCAGUUUGAGCACACAAUACUGUUGAGGCCAACAGUGAAAGAAGUGAUCAGCCGAGGAGAUGAUUACUAG